AGAAAUCGUUUUGUUCCUUCUUUACAACGCCUUCAAACCCUAAGGUUUUCUUUGACGUGACGAUCGGAGGCCAGCCCGCCGGUCGGAUCGUGAUGGAGCUUUUCUAUGAUGUCACUCCUCGCACCGCCGAGAACUUUCGAGCCCUCUGCACUGGCAAAAGAGGCGUCGGUCGUAGCGGCAAACCACUCCACUACAAAGGCUCAAAGUUCCACCGUGUGAUACCUAACUUCAUGUGUCAAGGAGGCGAUUUCACCGCCGGAAACGGCACCGGAUGCGAAUCCAUAUAUGGAACCAAGUUCGCCGACGAGAAUUUCAUCAAGAAACACACUGGACCCGGCGUCCUAUCCAUGGCGAACACCAGACCGGGGACUAACAGAUCCCAGUUCUUUAUCUGCACCACCAAGACACCUUGGCUCGACGGACAGCAAGUGGUGUUCGGACUGUUGGAAAUAUGGACUACAAAAUCACACCGUUAG